AGCAUACUUUUUAAGUUACACAUAGCACUUGUCAUGUAGCAUUAUUAUAUACAAAGAUACAUCCAAAAAUUGUUUUUAUAUUAAUAUUGAAUUAAUAAAGGGCAAACGUAAGGUAUGUUAUUUGUCUUGUCUUUUUGUAACUUUUUCCCCUGAAUCCCUACCACAUAGAAUCUCUUCCAUAACAGCCACUAACACCAUAACCAUUAACACACACUUUCAUUCGUUCAUUCAUUCAUUCAUUUUCACUGUCCUCUUUCUCACCAUCCUCACAUGAUUGAAAUUUAAUGCUCACAAACAGAGCCCAGCCACUUCCCUCUUCUCUCUCUUCUUCUCUCUUAAUGAUAUUUUCCACAUAAACACUACCAUCACUCCAUAACCACCAUUUUCAUUAUCAUUGCUCUCACUCUUUCACAUGGCUUCUUCUUCUUUUGCAACUUUCAACCUUUCAUUCUUCUCGUUUUUAAUAACAUUCACUUUUCUUCUACUUGCUAACCUCAGCACUGUUGCAUAUGCAGUGGCUAAUCAAACUAGAGAAACGCCGCCGCCGCCACCGCCACCACCGCCGCUGGAUUCCCAAAGAACUUCAUCCGCCUUCAAGCCAGGCAUGGCGGUGGUAGUUGGCAUAUUAACCACCAUGUUCUCUCUCACCUUUCUCCUCCUCCUCUACAUCAAGCACUGCAACGGCGGCGCCACCGACUCCACCGGAGCUACCGGAACCCGCUACAAUUACACCUCACGCGCGGCAACAUUCGCCGGAAGAAAAAACUCCGGCAUCGACCGUUCCAUAGUGGAAUCGCUUCCAAUCUUCAGAUUCGGAUCCCUCCGGGGACAGAAAGAAGGACUCGAUUGCGCGAUUUGUCUCGCAAAAUUCGAGUCCUCUGAAGUCCUCCGGCUCCUCCCGAAGUGCAAGCACGCGUUCCACGUGGAGUGCGUGGACACGUGGCUUGACGCGCACUCCACGUGUCCUUUGUGCCGGCAUCGAGUGGAUCCGGAGGACAUUCUUCUGGUGGAAGAUAACAAUGCAGCCGCACCGGUGCACCCUCAGAGCGAGAACGAAGCGUGUUCGGAGAGGUACGAAACACGGCGAGUCUCCGGAAGGCACUCGUGGGUUGGUGAGAAAGAAGGAGGGUUCUUGGAGAUCAUUGUUGAGAACGAGAACGAAACAGAACGACGAAACGCAGCGCCAACGUCGUCGUUUAGGAGGUCGCUUGAUAGUGCCACGUGUGCAACGACAUCGAAAUCGAAUAAUAAUAAUAACAAGAAGUGGUUAAUGCGUCCAAGAAAAGACGGGAUGCUGUUGGUGAAAACGACGACGCAUCAGGAAGCGGAGAAAGAGAAAGAAAGGAGGAGCACCGGUGCGGAACGGAGGUUGGAGCACAGGAUAAUUGUCUCUCCUACCCCUAAACAAUGCGGUUACGAUUAUAAUGGUUUGUUGCGAGGGCAGUUACAACGGUGGAGCGAUGUUCAGCCGUCGGAUCUACUUUACCUGACAUCGGAGAUGAUAAUAAGUAAGCAUAAUAACGGUAGUGGUGCUGAAAUCGGGGGCAAUUUGGUAAUUAACACGAGGAGUAUGUCUGAGAUAACGGGAUUGAGCAGGUUUGUGAGGAACGGUAACGGUAACGGUAGUAAGUAGUAACAGGGAAGAAGAACAAGGAGUAGGAGGAGGAGGAAGAAGAGAAGAGGGGGUUGUUACGAGGUGGCUGGGAUGGAUAUCAAGGACGCAGACACAGCCAGCUGUACGGUAGGGAUGUUGUUAUUAGCAGACACGGCCUUCAGAUCUGAACGGAUGAGAGAGAAGGUGAUGUGUUUUUGUGGUUUUUUUUUUCUGACUCUGACUCACUAAAGUACUUGUGGUACUGUUUACUGAACUUGGUGACUGCUACCAUAUGCAUUUGUAUCUUAGCGCAGGAAUAAGCUUAUUUUUCUUUUCUCGAU